AUGAAAUUGCUUUGGAAAGCUAAAAUGAGCUCAAUUCAGGACGGGGGUGAAGAGGUAGAGGAAGGAGCUGUUUACCAUGUCACCCUCAAAAGAGUGCAGAUUCAACAGGCUGCCAAUAAAGGAGCAAGAUGGCUAGGGGUUGAAGGGGACCAAUUGCCUCCAGGACAUACUGUCAGCCAGUACGAAACAUGUAAGAUCAGAACAAUAAAAGCUGGCACUCUGGAGAAACUUGUGGAGAACCUGCUGACGGCUUUUGGGGACAAUGACUUUACCUACAUCAGCAUCUUUCUGUCAACAUAUAGGGGCUUUGCCUCUACUAAAGAAGUACUGGAACGUCUCCUCGACAGGUAUGGAAACCUGGAGACCUCAAACUGUGAAGAAGAUGGGAGCCAGAAUUCCUCAGAGUCUAAAACAGUGCUCAGGAAUGCAAUAGCCUCAAUCUUGAGAGCCUGGCUUGACCAAUGCUCUGAAGACUUCCGAGAGCCACCCAAUUACCCUUGUUUGCAGAAAUUGCUGGAUUACCUUAAACGGAUCAUGCCAGGCUCUGACCCGGAGAGAAGGGCACAAAACCUCUUGGAGCAGCUUCAGAAGCAAGAAGUGAAAAAUGAGAAUGGGUUCCAUAACACCUUCACUUUCAGCCUUGAUGAGGAAGAGGAAAUGGAGACUGGUGGGCCAGAAGAGUUCUCUUUUUUCCCAGAAGACCUUGUAGCAGAGCAAUUAACAUACAUGGAUGCAAAGCUCUUUAAGAAAGUGGUGCCCCACCAUUGCUUGGGGUGCAUCUGGUCUCGGAGGGAUAAGAAAGAAAACAAACACUUGGCACCCACCAUCAGAGCCACCAUCUCUCAGUUCAACACAGUUACCAAAUGUGUCGUCAGCACCAUCCUGAAGGGCAAGGACCUCAAAACACAGCAGAGAGCCAAGAUCAUUGAGAAAUGGAUUCAUAUUGCACAUGAAUGUAGGAUCCUGAAGAAUUUUUCCUCCUUGAGGGCCAUUGUUUCAGCACUACAGUCCAACUCCAUCUACCGGUUAAAGAAGACCUGGGCAUCUGUUCCAAAGGACAGGAUGCUGAUGUUUGAAGAGCUGUCCGAUAUCUUCUCAGACCAUGACAAUUAUCUGACGAGUAGAGAGCUGCUAAUGAAGGAAGGAACAUCCAAGUUUGCAAAUCUGGACAGUAGUGUGAAAGAGAACCAGAAAAGGACCCAGAGGCGGCUUCAGCUCCAGAAAGAUAUGGGAGUCAUGCAGGGUACGGUCCCCUACCUUGGCACCUUUCUUACAGACCUGACCAUGCUUGACACAGCGCUGCAGGACUACAUAGAGGGUGGGCUGAUAAACUUUGAGAAGAGGAGACGGGAGUUUGAAGUAAUUGCCCAAAUUAAGCUCUUGCAAUCUUCCUGUAAUAGCUAUUGCAUGACGCCAGACCAAAAAUUCAUCCGAUGGUUCAGGAGACAGCGGCUGUUAACAGAGGAGGAGAGUUAUGGCCUCUCAUGUGAGAUAGAAGCAGCUGCUGACACUAACACCACGUCACCGAAACCUCGGAAGAGUAUGGUGAAGAGACUCAGCUUACUGUUUCUGGGAGCAGAUGUGAUCACCAAUAGCACACCCACCAAAGAGCAGCCCAAAUCUACUCCAAGUGGGAGCUCUGGUGAAAGCAUGGAUUCUGUCAGUGUAUCAUCAUGUGAGUCGAACCACUCUGAGGGUGAAGAAGUCUGCAUCACCCCCAUAGACACUCCUGAUGAGCCUCAGAAAAAGCUCUCUGAAUCCUCCUCCUCUUGUUCCUCCAUCCAUUCCAUGGACACGUCUUCCUCAGGGGUGUCGUCUUUAACCAACACUAUCUCACCCCCUCCUUCCUUAACCUCCAAUCCCAAGAUCCACAAGCGCUCCAUCUCCGUCACAUCCAUUACCUCAGCAGUAUUGCCUCCUGUUUACAACCAGCAGAACGAAGACAUGUGCAUCAUCCGGAUCAGCAUAGAAGACAACAAUGGCAAUAUGUACAAGAGUAUCAUGUUGACUAGCCAAGACAAGACUCCGGCUGUCAUUCAGAGAGCUAUGUCAAAACACAACCUGGAGGCUGACCCAGUCGAGGAUUAUGAACUUGUUCAAGUCAUUGCUGAGGACAAAGAGUUAGUCAUCCCCGACAGUGCUAAUGUAUUUUAUGCAAUGAACAGCCAGGUGAACUUUGACUUCAUCCUACGGAAAAAAAACUCCCUUGAUGGGCAAGUGAAGAUGCGGAGCCGAUCUAGUUUGACACUUCCCAGAACUGCCAAAAGGGGGUGCUGGACUAACAGACACAGCAAAAUCACACUUUGA